UUAUUAUUAUUAUUAUUUUUUAAUUAAAACCUUAUCUAAAAUCUCCAAAGGGCAAAGGGCAAAUACGACUGAACUCCACAGAAACUUGAAAGCGAAAAUGGAUGGAUUGCAGCAAUUGGGGGUUCCAUUGAUGGGCAUUGUUGCAGCGGCAGCCAUUACCUUCUACGCCGUAAGCUUUUCUGAGAUUCGAGAGAAAUCAUUCAGAGAUUUGGAUGAAUCUGAGGAUGAGAAUCCAGGGUUUAAGAUGACUGCAAGUUCGAGAGAGAGGCGAGCGAGAAGGAAGGCUGAAAAGGAAGCCAAACGAUGAGAAUUUCUCUCUUACUUCUCACUGUUCUUCAUUUUCUUUAAGCUUUCAUCAUUCCUUGUUUUGGUGCCUUGGCUGUAUAUUUUAAGUUAUACAUAGUGGUGAGUUCUCUAAGUGAACAAACAUUGGAGAUAUUCCAUCCAA